AAAGCACCCUCUGGUAGAGAGAGAGAUUGAUUCACAAAUCAAAAACUACUCAAGGUCAUGCAUGGAUAACAAUUGAAUUUAAAAUUUUAUUUUGAAAGUACACUUAAGAGUAAUCAUUGGCAAGUUCACAUAUCUUGGUUUUAUUGUGAAGAACACUAUUCUCAUUGGAAAGAAACAGACCUGGCUAUCUCUGGUCUCAUGAUUAAGAAUUGGCUCUCAUUUUAAUUCAGCUGAAAAAGGAAAUGGUGCACUCCUAUGAUGCAACUGGUCAAAACAAUUAAGCUAUAGUCAAAACAAGCAUAAUUAGCUUGAAAAACCUGUUUUCUGUCCUAGUGUAAAUUUGGCACCUGAUGCAUAUUCACCCAUGGUCAGCCUCUUUCAGGAUAGAAUCAGGCAUAAGUGAAGAUCCUUGCCCAAUUUCCUAUUCUGCAUUUCUGCUCCGUUAUUUUGGGUUAAUAUUCACAUUCACUGAACUUUAAUUUAGUUGUACUACAUUGCUUAUGUUAUUAACACAUUGAUUUCCUCCUUUGUGCUUUCCUGCUACAGUGAGACACUCCUGGUUUUCUUUCUUCCUCAAGUGUUGAACUUUCUUUUAUCAGUUCCUCAGCUUUUCAGCUUCCUCAAAUGUCCUCAGCAUCGUCUGCCUAGGUUCAAUCCUGAAACUGGACUACUUACUGGGACACCUGACUGUACACUAGUUAACUUUUACUUGAGAAUAUUUGGGCCAAAAUCAGAAAAGUCACUCUGCAUCCACCUCCUCAUUGUUCAGGCUGUAGGAUGCUGCUUCUGUUUCCUACUGAGGUACUUUCUUGCUUGUUGGUAUAAAUAAGGCAGCGACAUUAAGGAGCUGGAAAAUCUCGUCCUAACAAACAUUAGAGUUGUUCUAUUCAUCCUUCGGUGGAGACAAAUGACCUGCGAUUUUGGACAUUGUUCGGGAGCGAAAACUGACAAUGGUAUUGAAGCAUUAAUGUACUUUUUGUGAGAUCACCAUGCGACUACAUCUUGUAUUUGUCUUAAUUUUUCUGUUCAGCUGUCUUUUUGACUCUUG